ACACUUUUUGCACAUCCCUAAGCCCAAUAGACUGCAUUUUAAUUUUCAUUUAUUUUCGCACACAAAAUGGCUAGCACUGCCGGAACGAGUGGGUCGGGUGGCUUAAGCGGCGGCGGCGGCGGCGGUGGAAACCCCGAGGAGGCGCGUCGCAUCUGGGUUGGGAAUCUGGACUCACGGAUCACCGAUUCAAUUUGCAUUGCCCCCUAUCGGUUUCAACUCCUCAAACUGAUGCAAAAAUGCGGCGCCAUCGAGAAGUUCGACAUGCUGUUCCACAAGGGCGGUCCCAUGGUGGGACAAUCCAGGGGCUACGCCUUCGUCACCUUUGCGCAGAACGAGGGAGCCACCAAUGCGCUACUGAAACUGGACGGAACCAGCGUGGGAAAUCGCUCGAUAGCCGUGCGUUUGGCCAAGAACAUUAAAUAUGAUGAAACGCAGAAGCCAAAGCCGCGCCUGGAUAUACCGGCCUUGGGCACAGGUAAACGCGAGGAGAAGGUCAGCAAAACGGAGGCCAUUCGGGCCAUUGAGGCCAAGCUGAAAAUGUUGGAGCGCCAGACAGACGACAAUCUCGAGCUGAAUACAGCGGGCAGGGGCGAGGCCAACGUGCCCUUCAUCCAGCGCUAUCAGUUUAACAAGGAUCGCGACGGUUCGCAGCGCUACGGAAAGUCAUCGGCUCCAUAUCAUCACCAGCAGCGUCCCAAGCGCCACUAGGCUCAAUCGACCCACACUCGACUUUGCCACCGUCUCACGCAUUAGUCUGUAAAAAUCAUUAGUACUUAGGGCGCUACCUCAGCAGACGAGCCUUGCAGGUGUAAUUUACAAUUAAUUUAUUAAAAAAAAAGGUACAAUCAG